UAUCAGCAUCAUGACCGUUCAGAAUAUGGACGGUCGUGAUUCGCUCUGCUACGCCGCCAUCUAGGGUUUCCGACGACCCCCGUCCUCGCCCUCUCCCAACUCUCUCGCUCUAUAGCUCGCGUUUCCCUUCAACAAAUGUAGCUUUUGUUCCAUUGAUUAGAGCAGAGGUUGCAAUUUGAUGCUUCUUAAUUUUGCAAGUAGGUUUAGAUCUUCUCGUGGAGUCCGAGAAAUCGAUUCAUAUAGCUCAAGUUCAUCACUGCAACUGAGUACAUUUAUAUUAUUGCGGAGAACCAUUUGCACUAUUAGAAUGCCCACUCCAGAUCUCAAUCUUAGCACCAAUAACUCUACAAACUCAAAUGAUGAGGCAUCUUGUGAGGACGAUGUGCGCGCGCCGAGUGUCCAAUCCACUCCCGACAUCGAAAAGAAUUACGUGCACCGUGUUUACGAUGCCAUCGCUCCGCAUUUCAGCUCCACCCGGUUCGCCAAGUGGCCGAAAGUAGCCGAAUUCUUGAGCUCCUUGAAACCUGGUUCGGUCAUUUUAGAUGCGGGCUGUGGGAACGGAAAGUACCUGGGACUGAACCCUGAUUGCUUCUACAUUGGCUGCGACAUAAGCCCUCCCCUCAUCGAGAUUUGCGCGAGAAGAGGGCACGAAGUAAUGGUCGCCGAUGCUGUUAACCUUCCUUACAGAGAGAAUUUUGGCGAUGCGGCGAUUUCCAUUGCGGUGUUACAUCAUCUGAGUACCGAAACGAGGCGGAGGAAGGCCGUAGAGGAGUUGAUUCGGGUGGUUCGGAAAGGCGGUCUUGUUUUGAUCACGGUGUGGGCUGUUGAACAGGAGGACGAGUCGUUGCUCGCUAAGUGGACUCCUCUUUUUAACAAGUAUGAUGACGAGUGGGUGGAUAGUAGCAUUUCUCUGCUUAGAAACCAAUCAAAUAUCAAGUUAGAGAGCAUUCCAGAGACCGCUGAAGAUUCAGGUGCAUCAAAGCAGGUAGAGAAUCGAGUAAAAGAUGUUCAAGAAAACCCAGAUGAUAAAAUUGUGGCAUCGCCUUCAGUUCCUUCUGCGGACAAUGGGUGUAGUAUAACUCAGCAAGAAUACUUUGUUCCUUGGCACCUGCCAUUCCAUCGUGCUGAGAUUGGCGGUGCAUCAGCUUCUGCUCUGGAAAAUGGGCUCGCGAAGAAAGAUGAUAAGAAGGGGGCGAUAGUGUACAACCGCUAUUACCAUGUUUUUGCUGAAGGGGAACUCCAAAGGUUAGUUUCCGGCGUAGAAAAUACGGCCAUAGUUGACCAAUUCUAUGACAAAUCCAACUGGUGUAUUGUUCUUGAGAAGAUUUGAACCACGGAUGCACUGUAGUGUUAACCUUAUGCACCGGAUGGACAUCAACUAAAACAAAUCUAAAGAGACUGAACUAUUACAGUCAAUUCAAUACACCAAACUUUUUUCUAGGUGAUGUACGUUCCCUCGUAGUCCGCAUGUUUUGGUUUCUUCGUCUUGAACCCUCUAUAUUGUCUUUAUGCUGGCAUUAUAGGAAUCAACUUCGGCAUCUAAAGGUUUUGGCCUUCUGAUAUGCCUAAUGAAAGUUUUGGCAUGUGAAUGAGACAUGGCAGAAAUUUGCUUCCAUUCUGAUGGGUUUUCUUUUGAAGAAUGGAUUGCUGCUGAGAGGUAAAGUAUACUGCAUGAAAUACAGAAACUUAAAAGUGAAAUUUACUUGCAUACUGCUUUAUUUGGUCGAUUCAAAGUCUGCAGUCAAUUUGUUUUCUCUGAUCAGUGAGUUUAAACCGUGUCAUCGUAUCAUUGAAAUCAAUUCUGCCUUUCUUUUACCUUUUUUUGGGGUAUAUAGUUAAUGGCAGUUUCUUCUCCCCUGCAAUUGAGUGUAGUCUCUUAUUUCGAUUGAAGUAUCAAUUAAUGCAUUCUGUUGAUGAUCUAGCCGCACUGAGUUACAUUUCUUUUGAGAGAAAAGGCAAAAAUAUCUGGAGACUCCAAUUAUGGCCCAUAGAUCCCUUUGUUUUGAUCGACACCUCAAAUUUAGAUUUUUUUUUUCUUUUUAAUUUGAGUUAUUUCAUUCGAAUUUGGGACCGUAGUUGAAACAAAGUUUCUGACGAAAAUAACCAAAACCAGAAGUUGAGGGAUUUAAAAAAGAAAUAUAAAGUUCUGGGGCUUAUUUCAAAGUAGUCGAGCAGCUGUUUGGGUCUCUGUAUAAUUUUUGAUUGACUCCUCCUUCGCUUUGACUUCUCCGGUUCCACUGGCUUGGUCAAUAACAUAUGGAGUGAAAGACAUUAUUUACCUUUUCUCUUGAAAAGCUAAAGACGCCUGGCUCAGUUGCGUUCUUGCGCUGUACACAAACCAACAGAAUACACACCAAGAGGGUUCUUGCUCACACAAAAAGUGUUUACAAGCAUGCUUAUUUCCUUGCUCCAUAUAACAAGUGCCAAGAAGCAUCCUCCAAGUUUGUGGAAUCCAAAAAGUGGGGAUGGCAGUAGGAAAGCCCAGAUGGGAGGUAACCGUUCUGCUACUCGCCCUUCUGGUUUCGACCGUGGCUUUUUCCAUGAAGCCACCCUCAGCAGCCUCCUGUCACCAUGAGUGCGCACGCGGGGUGAGCCUGUGCAUUGUGCAGCUGUGCACUUGGGUGCACUCGGGAGGUGGAUACAGCGAGUGCCGAGAAACAUGCGAGAAAGCAGGGGGCUUCUGCGAGAACGGCUGUAAGAGUGGCAGCAGCAGCAGUAGCAGCAGCAGCAGCAGCAGCAGUGUUGGUAACAAACAAUCGGCUGAGCCGCCCGUGGUAGCCUGAAUGCUCUUAUCGUUUUUGCCGAACUAAUUUAGAUUGUUUUGUACUUCUCUUUCCUUGUGUACUCGCAAUCAAAAACAUUUUGUGUUUCUCAUGAUGCACAAUACUCUCCCUCUCAAUAUGCAAGUGCCACUAUGGGGUUAAAAUAAAAUUCUUAUAUUGUUUUGAAAGAUUA